UAAAAUUAGUAAGCAGAACUAUUGAUAGAAAAAAGUGUUCUUUUGAAGCCUUAGACUGAUGAUGAGUUAAUCAAAAUAGAGUGAAAUACGAAGCUACAUGAAUACCUCCAUGACCAUUGAUUAAUACACUUCACCCCAAAAUGUCAUAAUAAAGAUGGCAUAUUUAUAACUUUUCUAAUUUGUAUUAUUUGUGCAAAAAUUUUAAGUCGGAAGGAUUUUUCUUUUUAUUUUGUUUCAUGCACAACACACACUACUCAUAUUGCUGGAUAAAUUAUAUUGAAGUGGGAGAAUGUCCAAACUUUUUAAAGUGAAUUAUUAAAGAAGAAAAAGUUACUUUAAGUUUUGUGGAUGAGGGUGUGGAGAUAAGUCCAUGUUAGUCUAGCCGAGUCGAGCUGUCGGUGUGUUUUGUCCGAGAUUCAAACCAUUUCCUAUUUAAUAGUGCAGCAACUUAUACUGACAAAACAAGUCUCAGAUCAGAAGAAACAUAAUCGUUUGAUAUAAUGUUUUCUCAAAAUCAUAGCUCCUGUUGCUCACUCCUACUUAUCGUCUUCUUCUUCUUCUUCUUCUCCUCGAUUGGCGCCUUGGCUCUCGAGGUUGCUGUCAAGGCUGCAGUUGGUGCUCCUAAUGUUCUUGGGGACUGUCCAUUUAGCCAAAGGGUUCUUAUGACUUUGGAGGAGAAGAAUGUACCUUAUCAGAUGCAUCUAAUCAAUCUAAGUCACAAACCCAAAUGGUUUCUGCAAGUGAAUCCUCAAGGAAAGGUGCCUGUGGUGAAGUUUGGUAAUAAAUGGGUACCUGAUUCUGAUGUCAUUGUUGGGAUUCUUGAGAAGAAAUACCCUAAACCUUCUCUUACUACUCCACCACAAUUCACCUCUGUGGGAUCAAAUAUAUUUAGUAACUUUGUGACUUUCUUGAAGAGUAAGAACUCAAGUGAUGGGUCAGAACAGGCUCUCCUCACCGAAUUGAAGGCACUUGAAAAACAUCUUAAGGCACAUGGCCCAUAUGUUGCUGGUAAGAAAGUUACUGCUGUAGAUUUAAGUUUGGCCCCAAAAUUGUUUCAUCUAGAUGUGGCUCUUGAAUAUUUCAAGAAGUGGACUGUCCCAGCGGAGCUGACUAAUGUCCUCAAGUACAAGAAGCUGCUGUUCUCACGGAAAUCAUUCAAGAAAACCAAAACUGCAAGGAAAUAUAUAAUUGCAUCAUGGGAGCCAAAAGUCAAUCCAUGAACUAUUUCAACAAAAUUUGAAAACUAUGAAUCCUGGUUGAAGCUCUCGAAUGGCUUCAUCCAAACAAGGAUUUGGUUUAUAUCAUAUGUAUUAGGUAGCCAGGUCGAAUAAAUGUGUACCUAUUAGUGUGUUGUGUUAUUAGAGUAUUAAUAAAAGUUGCUUAAGAGAUAUUUUUGGUCUCGGGACACUUGUACAAAUGCCUCGGUCAAAGUGGGGUUGUGUUUAGGAGGGAUUGUAUGUGUUUGCAGUGUGAACUGACUUGGCCAGGAGUGGAGUAACGAGUUAAGGCAACAUCUGUAUGUAUUACUCUUUUGGCAACAACAAAUGCCCACCGGACUGGAAACAUUCUUAUUAGGGUCUCUUAAUCUAUUAUUGAACUCACUUUUCGUUUAA